AUGGCUCUUCUUCGAUGUUUAUCAAAACAAUUAAAAGAAAUGGAAAAAGAUCCACCACCAUUAUGUCAAGCUCAACCAGUUGAUCCAUCAAAAGAUAUGUUUAACUGGAAUGGUUCAAUUCGUGGUCCUGAAGGAACACCAUUUCAAGAUGGAAUUUUUUGUUUAACAAUACAUUUUCCAACGGAUUAUCCAUUUAAACCACCUCGAAUCCGUUUUACAACUCGUAUUUAUCAUCCAAAUAUAAGUUCACAAGGUGAUAUUUGUUUAGAUAUUCUUCAUGAUAAAUGGUCACCUGCAUUAACUAUUCGAACUGUUUUACUUAGUUUAUGUUCAUUAUUAACCGAUCCAAAUCCUGAACAUGGCUUAGAAAAUGAAAUUCUCAACAUUUAUCGAAUGGAUAAAAGUCUAUAUGAAAGGAAUGCAAGAGAAUGGACAAAAAAAUAUGCCAUGGAAAAUCAAAAUAAAGGGUCUUAG